UUGUUUUUGUUUAGUAUUUUGUUGGCAGUGAAAUUGAGUUGAGUUGUUUGUGAUUUCUGUUGGUGUAUUAAUUUCACAAAUUAUCGCAUUUGUUGUUAUUGUAAGCAUUUUAAUUGAAUAAACGACAGCUAAAUUAAGUAACAUCUAUGUUUUCAUAAGCGGAAAUAUUUGUUGGAAUUAUUCAAUGUACCUGAAGUGAUAUUAAAAAGCAAUUCAAAUCGGGAUCCUCUGGCUCAGUGAAAAAAGUGAUUAAGCAACAUAAUUGGGUGUUAAAGUGAAAUGCGCUUUUUACCGCAUAUUUGCAUAUGCUUGUAGUUAAGCCAAUGAGAAAGUGUAUAAUUUUACAGCAAAUAAAUAUAAGAUAAGAGAUAUAGCGAUUUAUCGUCACAAAAGUACAAAACUUCAUACCUCUACAUUCGGCGUAGUAUUUGACAUAUCGACUUUUCUUGAAGUUUCAAAUAGGCUUUUACUUGCCAACCAACAACAAUAACAAAGAUAAAACAACAAUACAGGAAAGGCAAAACACAUAUACUGUUAAACGAAACAGGAACAAAGCAUAUGCUGCACUCUCCCUGUUCACUGGAGGUGGACACAUUGAUGUCCAAAACACCAAAUAGCUAUCAAGCUUUCGGCAUGUCGAGUCGCGCUUAACUAAACAGUCCAACGCCAGCCACCAAGAUGACGCAGCGCAGCACGGAUUUUACGCAGUUGCCCGCUGCGCCCAAUACGGCAAGUGCCGCAAGCCGCAAAGAGGAGGAGGCAAAGGCCACAGCGCUGGCAGCAACGCCCAUAGCCAACAGUCAAAAUUGUGAUAUACUCCUAAACAACUUUCAAAUCAAAAAGAAACGUUAUCGCGUCUUGCUCAACUAUGACCACAUCGUUUGGGAGCGACUGCAGACGAAGCGCAGCAGCGACGCGGACGCUGAGUGCAACUUGAAACAAGGUCCAGUCUACGGCAAAAAUACGAAUGUGCUGCAUAUAAACGAGCUAAUCAGGGUGAGCAAGGGCAACACCAAGUCGGCGGCUUUGCAUAUUGCAGCGCCGCAGCCGUUAGCCGAAUUCGAUGCGCACGGUACAUGCGAACAUCAACAACAACAACAGCACAGCAGUACACCACCUACUGAACAGUAUCUUGCCUUAUCAUAUGCCGCACGCGUCGUAAACUCAGCCACGGACUGCAAUCGCUGGGAAGUGCACAAGCUGGUGCUCUACAAUGCAGACGCGUAUGUGGUGCGGCAAUGGCACGCGCUGCUCAAUAGAAUGCUCGCAAACACGGCGCCAACGCGUCUGCGCGUGCGCCGCUUGUUGGUAUUCAUCAAUCCGUAUGGCGGACGACAGCGCGGCUUGCAAGUCUAUGAGCGCUACUGUAAGCCACUAUUUCAACUGGCCGGCAUCGAUGCGUCCUGCAUUAUCUCGCAACGCUCAAAUCAGAUACGCGACAUACUGUUGAGUCAUGAUUUGUCACCGUUCGACGCGGUUUGCUGCGUUGGUGGCGAUGGCACGGUGGCGGAGGUGAUUAACGGGCUCAUCUUUCGCGCGAUAUGCGAUGCGGGCAUGGAUGCGCGCCAACCGCCGUACGUGCCGAAGCCAACACUGCCCGUGGCUAUAAUACCGGCGGGCAGCACGGAUACGGUCGCGUACAGCCUGCACGGCACUUCGGACGUGCGCACCGCGGCGAUACAUUUGAUUUUGGGACAGCGGCGCGGUGUGGACAUUUGUAGCGUGCGCAAUCGUGAGGGCAUCAUACGGUUUUGCGCCAGCGUAUUAUCCUACGGCUAUUUGGGCGAUGUGGCGGCGAAGAGCGAGCGCUAUCGUUGGCUGGGCACGAAGCGCUAUGAGUUUGCCGGCGUUAAAACGUUCCUUACCAAUAAUGGCUACGAGGCCGAGCUGCGCGUAUGUCAGCCAAUAGGCGGCCAAAAAUUUAAUGCAGUUGCGGCGGCACAGGAAACGGGCACGAGUGCCGAAAAUAUGACAACAACAACAGAUGAUACGACUUGCUUUGCGAAUUGCAGGCGCUGUGAAACAGCGUCCAUUGGGCAGGCGGCGCUCGCGACGAAACGCGCUUUAAUGAAGAAAGGCAUAUUGGCGGGCGUUAUUGCGCCAACGCGUGUUGCGGACGAUGAGCUGCCCUCAUCAUCGAGCGCCUCAUUGAAGAGUUGUGAGGAUAGUAACGACGACCAAAGCAAUAAAACGAAUUAUUUGGAAGUGGCUGGCGGCAAAAUGUGUGCUGCAAGUAGCAAUGAAACUAUGGACUUUGUUGAUACGAAGCAAAUAGAUUUGACAGACUGUGAUAAUAGUAGUGAAUUAGUGUGCGACGCGGUGGUUGGAAAAUGCGCGUCGGAAAUACAAAGUAAACCCGAAAACGAGUGGAAAACAAUAAAUGGUAAGUUUUUCAUGAUCAGCGGCGCGAAUAUUACGUGCGCCUGCACCCGCAGCCCCAACGGUGUGGCGCGCUACAGUCAUCUAGGCGACGGCUAUCUAGACCUGAUACUGGUGCGAAAAACCUCGUUGCUCAACAAUGUACGUUUGCUCUUAAACUUGAUGGGGCGCAAUGGUGAUAUACGAAAUUUGCCUUUUGUUGAAACUUAUCGCACCAAAAAGUUCUGCUUCCGUUCACCGAAUGCCAAUCUUGCGCAAGAUUACAGCAUUAGUGGCUCCUGUCAGCCGAUAGCGGAAACUGCGGAAGGUUAUGUUGAUUAUGAUGAUGAUAGCGGCUUGUCGCGUUGGAACUGUGAUGGAGAAGUGAUUGGUGACCAGGAAUUGACGAUGAUUUCUCAUUGCCAAUUAAUCGAUGUUUUCAUGCGUGGACCACACACAUACAGCAAACCGUUAAGAAGCGAUGGCAAAUCCAUGCUGUGCUGCUGCUGUGGGUGCUGCCGCAGUGAUGAUUAACAUAGCCAUGAUAUUUUGGAAGUUCUUUGAUACGCGUUCGAAAGCAAAUUAUUGCUAAAGUUAAUGGGUACAGCAAUCGUAUGCUGUUUUAUAUGGACAAGUAUGAACAAUUUGCGCAGGCGUCUCCUCACCUAGAGCUGAAUACUACAGAGAUGCAUAUGUAUGAGAAGUAGUGUAUAACUAAAAGUGAAACAAUAAGCUUUAAGCAUUAAAGAUUUUUAAGAAAUGUUUGCAAUAUGAAAUUUCAAAAAUUGGUGUAGGUAAUCGAUAGCUGUUUCGUACAUACAUACAUACAUAUGUAUACAUGUGUUUUACAUCGUUAAAAUUUUAAAAAAUUAUUAAUGCUUAUAUAAUUUAUAUAUAUUAUAUCUAUUAUAUUUUGUCGAUUUUGUAACCAUUCCUGAUUAAGUUUUAAAAAUAUGCUGUAUAUAAGUAUACACUUAUAUAAAGUAUUGUAAGCCAACAUUCCCAACAUUCGUAUGAGUAUUAAUUAUGUAAAAGUUGAUAUGAUUAUGUGUUUUAUGUGAUUUAUUUGGUAAUAGUUUCGAUGUUUUCAAUUCAUGUUUAUGGUAACAUAUAUAUAUUAUUUGUAAACUUGGUGGCAUUAUGGUGCCAAGUGAGUAUUCGCCAAAAAAGAAACAAUAAAUGAAAAAAGCCAAA